GACAUGGAGAUGCUGGAAGACGUGGAGAUGUUGGAAGACGUGGAGAUGCUGGAAGACACAGAGAUGCUGGAAGACGAGCAGAUGCUGGAAGCCCUGGAGAUGCUGGAAGACCUGGAGAUGUAGGAAGACAUGGAUUUUCUGGAAGACAUGGUUUUUUUGGAAGACGUGGAUUUUCUGGAAGACACCCCUUUGUUGGAAGACAUGGAUUUUCUGGAAGACGCACCUUUUUUGGAAGACGUGAAUUUUCUGGAAGACGCACCUUUGUUGGAAGACAUGGAUUUUCUGGAAGACACGGCUUUGUUGGAAGACGUGGAUUUUCUGGAAGAUGCCGCUUUGUUGGAAGACGUGGAUUUUCUGGAAGACGCACCUUUGUUGGAAGACAUGGAUUUUCUGGAAGACGUGGAUUUUCUGGAAGACAUGGGUAGGCUGGAAGACAUGAAUUUGAUGGAAGACACAGUUUUGUUGGAAGACAAGGGUUUGCUGGAAGACAUGGAUCUCCUGGAAGACGUGGAUUUUCUGGAAGCCAGGAUUUGA